AUGACCGAAGUGCUGCAAGUCCCCCGACAGCCGGACGGUCAAUCAUACUACCAAUCCGCUGGGAUACGCCGCUCUCCGCCCACGUCAUCUUCACUAUUCCUCGACACUUCGCCGCUUCCGUCUAGUCCAAAGACCAUUGCUACCCCUCAUGCCGAACACCAAGAACGACCGAGUGGCAAGACGCCGUCAUCGCUACCACCCUCUGCCGCGAGUUCGUUCGAGACGAUUUCGAGUGCCUCGUCACGAGAUUCCACCUUGGACAGCUUCGACUCGUCGGUAGAGAGCACCCUCUCCCUCGACACCGACCUCGAUUUCCCCAACUACGACGAUGUUCCCUUCGGCGGUGGUCAUGGCUCGAGAGGAGGCGUCCCUCCAUCAUCUCCAGCCUUUGGUGAAGAUUCGAGCGAAGGACUGCCAGAAUCGACGAGCACAGACACAACUCAGUCCGAUUCGCCGUUACCCACACCUACCGUGAAUGAUGACACUGCUGUGAGGAAUGAUCCAUCAAGGCAAGUGGACUUCCUGAGCCAUGAGUGGAGGGAAGAAGAUAUAUGGGCAUCCUGGAGGCAUAUCGUGUCCCAGAGAAAGACUAUAUACGGCGAAAGGUCGAGGCUCGAGAAUGCCAGCUGGAGGUCAUGGGCGAAAUGCAAGCAUAACCUUCGCACUGUCUCGCCCGAGAGACUGAAUUGGCUCAAAGAAUCCGAUGUGACAUGGCUGUACGGCCCAUUGAAGACGGCAUCAUCAUAUCCGAUCACGCAAAACGUGUCGGAGCCGGACUCACAAAUCUCCAAAAACAACUCUUUUGUCAACAAGAAGCCAAUUCUGAAAAAGCGAAGUGUCUCUGAAGUCAUGCUUCAAAAGUCCUUGUCCACUUCUUCGUUGGUCAAGCAAGCAGCAUCAGCUGUUCAAGCCCAGGGACGAUCAGGCCGAAGAUCUGGCGCCAACUCGGACGUCGUGGAUUCUAAACUGCAAUCGGAGACCCCUAGUAGGGACCAGGUUGACUACUUUACGAGCAGAAGUACGAGCAGCGGUGGAACACCUUGCGAAGCUCAGGAGAAGCGGCACAUCCGAUUCGACGAUCGAGUGGAGCAAUGUAUCGCUGUAGACUGCAAGGAUACUGGCUUGGACGAAGAGGAAGAUAGCGAGGAGGAGACGGAAGACCGAGGCCAUCAUUCCAACUCCGAUUCCAGCAGCGACGAGGGAGUUGUGAUGAUGAAGAGGAAAAAGACGCCUAGCCGAAAGAAGGCGAAAUCAGACCGAAGCAGGAGUAGUUCUACGAGCGGCCGCAAGACCAUCGAGACUCUCCCAUCGACGACGCUCAAAUAUCGUACUGACAGCCCAGAUGUAACCGAAGAGGCACAACACCACACAUUCGGCAGAUCCUGGAACACUGGAAACUUGAGCCCAAGUCCAUCACAGGAAACUCUCAGGCCUACGCAUCCGUCGAGUAAUUUCCUCCUGCCAGAAGAUGAAGAUGACGAAGAAGAAAUCGAUUCAGAUUCAUCUUGGUCCUUUGGAGCUGCCAAUCCCAAGUCAUCUCUUGGAGCGUCUACUCGAACUGGUAGAGAUGGCGGCCCCAGCAGCCGCAAUCGCAGCAGCACUCCAGGCCCCAAUUCUUCCGACUAUGAGAUGGAGGGCAUGAGGAGAACGUCCAGUGGCAUGUUCAUGCCGUACGACGAGGACGAGGACGAUGCGGUGGCUGCAGGCCUCUUUGGACGAGUCAGCGAGACUUUUAAUACGGCACGAGACAUUGCCCACGUCAUCUGGAACGUUGGCUGGCGAAAAUGA